UCUUUCGGUUUCCUCUGCUUUUUUAUCUCCAGAUUCUGGGCUCUGGUUUUUCAUUUCAUGUAGGAUUUUCUCAGUGACCAAACAAGAAAUUAAAGAUCAGUGCAAUGUUGGUGAGAGUCUCUCUAGGUCUUCUUGUCCUCCUCCUUUCGAUUUCCUCCGGUGCUUUGGAAGCAACAGCUAGAAUCCAUUACGAUCGCAUCAAAAAUGAAAAUUCCAAUAUCUCCACUUUGGCUGGCAUCAAAUUUCCUGAUCACAUGAGCUUCAAUGCAGUUUCUUCUUCCACAGGGAGCAAUAAUUGUAGCCUCACAAUACAUAAGGAAUCAAACCAAUCCCAAAGGAUUACUUCCCAUGAAGAAGAUUAUGAAGAUAAUGAUGGAAAAGAUGAACCCAAGAAAACGGUGAAGCUCCACUUGAAGCAUAGGCAGAUUGAUGGAAAGGACGAGCCAAAAAAAUCUGUUUUAGUGUCAACUAGGAGGGAUUCGACCAGAAUUCAGACACUUCAUAAAAAGGUCGUCGAGAAGAAGAAUCAAAAUGUCAUUUCAAGGCUAAACAGUAAUAAGAAGAAAUCAAAUCAGCAUUUGAAGCCGGUGGUUGAAAAAGCGGCGGCGGCAGAAUCUCAUACAGCUGGGGUUAAUGAACAGGUGGUGGCAACUUUGGAGUCUGGUGUUAGCCAAGGCUCCGGCGAGUACUUUAUCGAUGUGUUCGUCGGUAAUCCUCCUAAACACUUCUCUUUGAUACUUGAUACUGGUAGUGACCUUAAUUGGAUUCAAUGUGUUCCUUGUUAUGAUUGUUUCGAGCAAAUUGGUCCGCAUUAUGAUCCUAGGGAAUCGAGUUCCUUCAGGAAUAUAAGUUGCAAAGAUCCGAGGUGCCAGUUGGUUUCGUCCCCUGAUACUUCUCAGCCUUGCAAAGCUGAUAAUCAGACUUGUCCUUAUUAUUAUUGGUACGGAGAUAGUUCGAAUACUACUGGCGAUUUUGCACUCGAGACAUUUACGGUCAAUCUCACGUCUCCUCGUGGGAACUCGGAAUUUAGGCCAGUGGAGAAUGUGAUGUUCGGUUGCGGUCAUUGGAAUCGAGGCCUCUUCCACGGUGCUGCAGGGUUGUUAGGCCUCGGGAGAGGACCUCUCUCAUUUCCCUCUCAGCUGCAAUCACUAUAUGGUCAUUCCUUUUCUUACUGUCUUGUUGAUAGGAACAGUGAUGCCAAUGUGAGUAGCAAGCUGAUUUUCGGGGAGGACAAAGAUCUUUUGAGCCACCCUAAUCUGAAUUUCACGUCUUUGGUAACCGGCAAGAACAAUUCGGUCGACACAUUCUACUAUGUCCAGAUAAAAUCGAUCUUUGUCGAAGGAGAGGUGUUGAAUAUACCAGAGGAGGCAUGGCAGUUAUCGACUGACGGCGCUGGUGGCACCAUUGUGGAUUCAGGCACUACUCUAAGUUACUUUGCAGACCCUACUUAUCAGAUCAUAAAGGAGGCAUUUGUGAAUAAAACCAAAGGCUAUCCGGUGGUAAAAGAUUUCCCCGUCUUGGACCCAUGUUACAAUGUGUCUGGGGUCAAAAACAUAGAGCUUCCCGAUUUCGGAAUACAUUUCACCGACGGGGCAGUAUGGAAUUUCCCGGUGGAGAACUACUUCAUAUGGCUGGAAGAGGAUGUGGUUUGUUUAGCAAUUUUGGGGACACCGAGAUCAGCACUUUCGAUAAUUGGGAACUAUCAGCAGCAGAAUUUCCAUAUCCUGUAUGACACAAAGAAGUCUAGGCUGGGAUAUGCACCAAUGAAAUGUGCUGACGUUUAGCUUCUUGUUCAAAACGGCGGUAGAAAAGGAUAUACACACCGUGUAAGAAAUAGAUCAGAUAACAUACAAGAAAUAGAAUCAUUUUUUUGGGGGUAAGAUUCAGAUGAUAAAAUUGACUAUAGUGUCAAUCAUACAUAAAAUGUAGGCAUUCUUGAAUUGUUGUAUAAUCAAAUAUCAAUUACUGAUGAAUGCCAUCUUUAUUCAUUUGCCU